AUGAACUGGCGGGGAUAUUCGAUCUGCUUGGUGAUUUGAUUAGGUUACCAAAAUAAUGUUUCUUAGCAGGGAAAUAAUGAUGAGUAUACGGUAACAAGAAACCCCUCCAUAUGUAACAAUUCGAUUUCUUUGCAGAUCCGUGAUUAACCUGAACAAGUUUUGUGUCCCUCUAAUAUGGAUGAGGCGAUGGAUGUCGAUGUCCAUUUGGGAGGGAUCAACGCACCAGGUUGGUAUUCUCUACGGACCUUGAGCACCGCUCAAGGGAUUCUUUUGCCAGAGAUCAUAGACGAUUCCGGUAGCAGCACGGAGGUGGAGGAAGAAGAAGAACCAAGAGACCAGGCUCCUCCAGUUUUGACAGCACCGAGCCAGUUACCAAAUAGCUGGCUUCUGAACCGCAGAGCUGAAGCCGGGCCGCAAAGGUCUACUCUCGCGCUUAGGAGGAGACGCAUGGCUAGGCGUGUGCUGUCUAACUCUCAGUCAGGACUCCCUACCAGGGGUCCUCUGGAUACCCUCCUGCGGGCGUCUGCUGCCAGUGACCCCGAACGCCUCUCCGACACCACAGAGGUCAUCAGUGACUCUGAAGAAGAAGAGACGCAAGAGGGGGCAGCUGCCAUAGUCCCAGCAGCAGAACCACCACCACCAGCCGCUGCAUCAGCAGCAACAGAAGAAUCAGGACCAGGGCCUCCUCCUCCUGACCUCCACGGUCAUCCUCCGCUAGCCUCUGCCCCGCAGGCACACCCUGGGCCGCCACCGAGCUCCAGCCAGGGCUCCGCAGCCCAGUCGGCCCCACUGCAGGGAGUGACCCUUUCAGAGCCAGUUGAUGGAGCUCCAUCUGAUCUCGUGGAGGUUACAGUUCAGCAAGGAGCUACAGAGUUAGUUCCAACACCUGCUGAGUCUCCUGCUGCCUCCCCCGUGCCCCCAGAAGAGGAGGGGGAGGGGGAGUCAUGCCCCAUCUGCUUCGAGCCCUGGACCACGUCGGGAGAUCACCGCCUGGCUGCCUUACGCUGCGGCCACCUGUUUGGCCACACUUGCAUUAACCGCUGGCUGAGGGGGGAUGGAGCCAAGUGCCCGCAGUGCAACAAAAAAGCCAAACGAACGGAUAUCGUGCUGCUAUACGCUCGGAAACUUCGAGCUGUAGACAACACGGAACAGGAGACACUGAAGAGAUCCUUGGAACAGGAGCAGUCUCUGCGCAGAAAGGCUGAGCUCGAGUGUGCUCAGUGUCGGCUGAAGCUGCAGGUGGCAAACGAGGAGUGUAGCAAACUGCGCAAACAGUUACAGGAGCUGAGGAGGCUGAAAGCACAGGUGGCCCUGGGCCUCAGCCAGUCUCAGAGCCAGUCUGUGUCCUCCAAGGGCCAUUACGUCUUCUCCACGGCAGUGAUGGUGUCCCAGGUGGGCGGCUGCAGGGUGAUGGCCUUCUGCGAGCCCCUGGGCUGCCUACUGGCCUCCCAGCCCUCUGCCCACUCCUCACUCGUCCCUGGCUUCGGGGUGAAGAAGAUCAGCACGGCCACCAUGAAGGCCUGCCAGUACAUCCCCAUCCACAUCAAGCCCAUCCGUGGCCUGGCUUUCAGCCGCCAGCAGGACAGCCUGCUGCUCUCCGGCGCUCUGGACAACACAAUCAAGCUCACCAGCUUGUUGACGAACACGGUGGUCCAGACCUACAACACUGGCGCGCCUGUGUGGAGCUGCUGCUGGUGCCAUGACAACAACAACUACGUGUACGCAGGCCUCACUAACGGCACAGUGCGGGUCUACGACAUGCGCGACACCAGCACACACGUGCGUGAGUUGCUCCCACAGGGCACCAGGUGCCCAGUGGCCUCUCUGACAUACCUCCCUCGCGCGGCCUCCAGCGCGUUUCCCAUGGGCGGCCUGCUGGCGGGCUCCCUGGAGGGUGGCUGCUUCUGGGAGCUGCAGGAGGGCACCAACUACCAGCCCAACAUGCUGCCCCUGGAGGCCGGCAACUGCAUGGACAUCCAGGUGGAGCCAGAGAGCCGCCACUGCUUGGUGACGUACAGGCCGGGGCGCUCUAACCCGUCUCUGCGCUGUGUCCUCAUGGAGAUGAACCGCACAGCUCAGGUGUGCUCCUGUUCGCCAGUGCAGACCUUCACUGCAGGAGCCUCUUCCAAGAUGCUCACCAAGAACUCCAUCUUCAGGAACCCCACCAGUGACUGCUCAAUGCUGGUGUGCGCAGGCGAUGAAGCCUCACAAUCAACCAUGGUAUGGGACGCUGGCAGUGGGGCUCUGCUGCAGAAACUACCAUCUGACCUCCCAGUCCUGGACAUCUGCCCUUUCCAGGUGAACCAGGGUCACUACCUCGCCUCACUGACAGAGAAGAUGGUCAAGAUCUACAAGUGGGAAUGAGACGAUGAGAUAUCAGCAGAAUGGCUGAUUGUUGUACCUUAUAGAAUUAUGUUUUAUUUUAUGUACAACUGUACCAUAUUGACAAGAGCUUUUAUAUCUGUGAUUCAUGCCAAAUAAAAUAAGUCUGUACAUAUGUAUAUUUUUCAGUUGCUAAAAUAAAUGUGUUGAAUAAUA